AUGGCCUUUUCACGGCUGGUCCUCCCACUCUUCCUCUUGAUCGCUUGCGCAAGCGCAUCGCGCGUGCUCCUCCAGAACGCGGGGGUGAGGCCUGCGGAGUGCCGCGAUGAGUGGGACAAUGACGAGAUUGAGUGUGACUUUUGCGAUGGGGAGCUAAAGUGCGAGCUGGAGGGGGGCACCAUCCGGAGCGAGAAGAUCGAGUGCGAGUGGGACGCCGACGGUAUCGACAACGAUAUUGAGUUUGAGUGCCCCAUCACCAAUGGCGUGGCCGACUGCGACUGGACGCAGAUCAACAACCGCCUCCCAGGCUGUGCCGCUCCCAUCACUCGCCGCGUCAUUGAGGCCUGGACGCCCUCUGAUUAA